AUUCCGUCCACGCCAGCUGUGGGGAGGGGUCGCUGUUCUGUGGCCGCUUCCAGUGCAGCUCAUCCAAAAAGAGGCGAAGGGGGGUUGCGACUCACCUCCGCGCAUUUGAACGGGCCGUGAGCCGCGCGGUGACCGGGGAGUGCGAAAGUCAGCCGAGGUCACCCCUCCCAGGACAGAGAAGAGGUGGCGGUCGGCCGAGCCCGCGGGACCCGCCUCUGUCCACGGGGUCCCAUGAUGGCGGCGGCGUGGAUGGACCCGGCGCAGGUGUCUGUGACCUUCGACGAUGUGGCCGUGACUUUUACCCAGGAGGAGUGGGGGCAGCUGGACCCGGCCCAGAGGACCCUGUACCAGGAGGUGAUGCUGGAAAACUGUGGACUUCUGGUGUCUCUGGGGUGUCCCGUCCCCAGACCGGAGCUCAUCUGCCAGCUGGAGCGCGGGCAGGAGCCGUGGACGGCGAAGAGAGGCCUCUCCCAGAACAUCUAUCCAGGUGACAAAGGAAAACCCAAGGCCACAGUAUCUGCUAUUGGUGAGCCAGCCCUGUCUGAGGGCGUCCCCGUCCAGGAACAACUAAUACAAGGAGUUGCAGGAGACUCCCAGAAGCGCCAAACCCAGGAUCAGGAUGGGUCAUUGGAAAUGCAAGAAGGACAUUUGAGACCAGAGAUAGGUCCCCAGAAGGAGAAACUGCCUGGGAAAUCAAGCUCUGAAGAUGGCAACAUAGGGACAGCUGAUAAUGUGUGUUCAAGAAUUGUACAGGAGCCAGUCCCUCUGCGAGGUGCUGUCCAUGACCAUGACUCGUGUGGAUCAGGUAAAGAUCCCAUGAUUCAAGAAGAAGAAAAUAUCUUUAAAUGCAACGAAUGUGGGAAAAUUUUUAACAAGAAACGCCUCCUUGCUCGACACGAGAGAAUUCACUCUGGAGUGAAGCCCUAUGAAUGCACUGAGUGUGGGAAAACCUUUAGUAAAAGCACUUACCUCCUCCAGCACCACAUGGUCCACACCGGGGAGAAGCCCUAUAAGUGCAUGGAGUGCGGGAAGGCCUUCAACCGCAAGUCACACCUUACACAGCACCAGCGGAUUCACAGCGGGGAGAAGCCUUAUAAGUGCAACGAGUGUGGAAAGGCCUUCACCCACCGCUCCACUUUUGUCUUGCAUAACAGGAGCCACACUGGAGAGAAACCCUUUGUGUGCAAAGAGUGUGGAAAAGCCUUCCGAGAUAGGCCAGGUUUCAUACGUCACUACAUAAUCCACAGUGGUGAGAAUCCCUACGAAUGCUUCGAGUGUGGCAAGGUCUUCAAACACAGGUCCUACCUCAUGUGGCACCAGCAGACUCACACUGGGGAGAAGCCCUACGAGUGCAGCGAGUGCGGGAAGGCCUUCUGUGAGAGCGCGGCCCUCAUUCACCACUACGUCAUCCACACGGGGGAGAAGCCCUUCGAGUGCCUGGAGUGCGGGAAGGCCUUCAACCACAGGUCCUACCUCAAGAGGCACCAGAGGAUCCACACCGGGGAGAAGCCCUAUGUGUGCACUGAGUGUGGAAAGGCCUUCACCCACUGUUCCACUUUCAUCUUGCACAAAAGGGCCCACACUGGAGAAAAACCUUUUGAGUGCAAAGAAUGUGGGAAAGCCUUUAGCAAUCGUGCAGAUCUCAUCCGACACUUCAGCAUCCACACCGGGGAGAAGCCCUAUGAGUGCAUGGAGUGCGGGAAGGCCUUCAACCGCCGCUCGGGGCUCACGAGGCACCAGCGGAUUCACAGUGGAGAGAAGCCCUAUGAAUGUGUCGAGUGUGGGAAAACCUUCUGCUGGAGCACAAACCUUAUUCGACACUCCAUCAUCCACACCGGGGAGAAGCCCUAUGAAUGCAGCGAGUGUGGAAAGGCCUUCAGUCGUAGCUCCUCCCUCACUCAGCAUCAGAGGAUUCAUACUGGGAGACACCCCGUCAGUGGCAGCGCAGCAGAAGUGGGGAGACCCUUCACGAGCGGGCAGUCCUCGGUCAACCUCCAAGAGCUCCUGUUGGGGAAAGACUUUUUGAAUGUAGCCACUGAGGAAACCUCUUACUCAGAAUCUGAUCAUUCAUACCAAAGAGAAACCCCUCAGUUUUCUUCCCUGUGAGAAACCCUUCUGUUGCAGGAUAUCUGUUGUCAUCUAAUGAGUCAUACUGGAAAUUCAUCCAGCCUAGAGCCUUAUUCUACAACUGAGAACUCAUCCAGGGAGAGACCCAGCGGUUAUAUGCAUGUAGGAAAACCUUCAGCUGUAUCUUUUCCUUAAUUUACACUGCAGUGUUAUCUCAGGAAUUUUUUUUUCCUUUUUCUUUUUUUUAAGGAGACUUAGACAAUGAACUGCAAACACAUUUUCUUUCAGACUUCCUUGCCAAGCCUUUGGCACUUUGUCGUGGAUUCCUUAGUUUACUUGGCAGGAGGAGGGUUUUGUUGAGAGGGAAAGGACUUAGACUUUUUAUAUGUCUUGUAUAUACAUUCAUUGCUGUCCAGUGUCAAGAGAGUCAGUUGAGGGCAGGUUUGGAAACUUUCAUGAAUGUCUUCUCUGUUCUAAAACAUUGUCUCUGUUCAUAAGGAGCUUAAUUUUUGUGAGAAAUGUAAUGGCUAAAGCCAUCAAACACUUUUAUAUUUGAGGAGAUAAGACUACACCUAUGAAUGGGCACAUUUUAUUUUACCAGUUAAGACUGUUUAAGGCUUUGAUUUUUAAAAAACAAACAUUUUCUUCAUGCGGCUUUAAGGAGCUGAUACUCAGACAUUUUCUUGGUCCUGUACUAUUAGUUUACUUGAUUGCUGUAAUUAGGUGGUAAAUAUUUUAGUUGCAUAAAAUGAUCUCUCUUUAUUCUUCUUAUUUAAAACUGAUUUAGCACUCUCAUUACUCUGAUUUUCCACAUAAAGUUUUGGAGAAGCUUGUCUAUUUAUGAAAAAAAGUAUCAAAUUUCGAUAGAAAUUGAGUUAAAUUGUCAGAUUAGUUUGUUAAGAAUUGUCUUCUUUAUGGUGUUGUAUCUUCCAGUUUAUGAACAUGGUAUGUCUGUACACUUAUUUAAGUAUUGCUUGAUUUAUUUCAUCACUGUUUUAUAAAUUUCAGUAAUAGGUCCUGAAUGAUUUUUAUAAAGUUUAUAUCUAGGUGGUCUUUUUUCUUUAUGAUAAAUGGAUUGAUUUUUAACUUUAAGUUUCCACCCAAGUUUUGGUAGUAUACAGAAUUGUAAUUAAUUUUCAGAUGUCAGUUUGGUAUCCUACAAUCUUUCUGAACUGUAGGCAUUUAUUUGUUUUGAUAGACUGCUUGGGUUUUCUUACAUAGAAAUACCAUCUGCAAAUAGAGGUAGUUUUAUUUCUUCCUUACCAUCUGUCUACUUCAUUUUCUUUUCCUGGACUAGCUAGGGUUUCCAAUACAAUAUUGAAUAGUAGUAGUAAGAAAGGCUAUCCUUGUCUGGUUUCUGAUAUUAGGGGGGAAACAUUCAGUAUUUUGUCAAGUAUGAUGUUAGUAUAAGGUUUUCUUCAUAGAAGUUUCUUAAUCAAGUUUAGAAAUUUUCCCAUAUUCCUAAUUUGCUGUGGGUUUUUUUUGUUGUUGUUAUUGUGAAUGGGUGUUGAAUUUUGUCAUACGCUUUUUCUCUGCCAAUUGAUACAAUCAUGUUUUUUCUUCAGCUUGUUGAUAUGAUGUAUUACAUUGAUUUGAGUUUUGAAUGUUGAAGCAGCUUUGUAUUCUUGAAACAAGUCCUACUUGAUUGUAGAGUGUAAUUAUUUUUAUAUAUUGUAUUACAGUAUUCAAUAUGCUAGUAUGUUGAGAAAGUUUUCCUCUAAUUUCAUGAGUGAUAAUGAUAUGUAGUUUUCUUUCUUUUGUUCAUUUUUGUUUCUUUGGUUUUUGUCUGUGUUUGGUACUGUCAUUGGUUUUGGUGUCUAGAUGAUAGUGGCUUCCCAGUAUGUAUUGGGAGUGUUCUUUCUUCUGUUAUGUGGAAGAUAGUGCAUAGAAUUGGUUUUAUUUCUUCCUUUAAUGUUUGGUAGCAUUCUCCAGUGAACCAUUUAUGCCUGGAGAUUUUUCUUUUGGAUGCUUUUUAAUUAUGUAUUUAUUUUAUUUAAUAUGUAUAGAAUUGUUCAGAAUAUCUAUUUCACAUUGGAUGAAUUUUUGUAGUUGUCUUUUCUAGGAAUUGUUCCAUUUCAUCUAAAUUUUCUUUUUUGUUUCAAGUAUUCCUUUAUUAUGUUGUUUAUGAUGGAAGAAUCUGUACUUAUAUCUCCUGUUAUAUUCCUGAUAUUGAAAAUGUGCCGGUUAUUUUUAUUUUUGUGAAUCUCAGAUGUUUAUCAAAUUUUUUGAAUCUUUUUAAAGAAGCAGCACUUUAUACCACUGUUUUUUCUCUAUUAUCUUUUUGUUCCUAAUUUCACUGAUAUGUCUGUAUCGAUCUUUAUUAUAUCUGUUCUUCCACCUGCUUUGGUGGUAUUUUCCUCUGUAGUUUCUUGAGACGGAUGUUUUGAAUACUGAUUUGAGAUUUUUUACUUUUCUAAUGUAAGCAUUACAUUCUAUAAAGUUCCCUCACAGCACUUUCCUUACAAGUUUUAAUAUAUUUUAAUAUCAUUUCAUUUGGUUCUAAGAAUUUCUUUAGUCAAGACUUCCUCUCUAACCCAUAAAUAAUUUAGAAGUAUGUUGUUUAAUUUCCUAGCGUUUGCAGUAUUCCAUGCUCUCUUUGUUAAUCACAUCUAGUUUGUUUUCUAUUUGAUUGGCUGUUUAAAUUUGUUGAGGUUUGCUUUAUGACCCAAAAUAUGGUUUAUCUUGGUGAAUGUUAUAUAAGUUGGCUUGAAAAGAAUGUGUAUUCUACUGUUGUUAGGUGGAGUUUGUAUAAAUGUCCAUAUGAUCCUGUUGGUUGCUGAUGUUAUUCAGAUUUUCUAGGUCCCCGCUGGUUUCUGUUUAGUAUUUCUAUCAAGAGCUGAAAGAGGGAUGUUGGAAGUCCUGCAGUAUAAUUCUGGAAUUGUCUUUCUCCUUUUAAGUUCUAUCAGUUUUUGCUGUAUUUGAAAGGUCUGUUGUAGGUGCAUACACAUUUAGGGUUGCUAAAUCAUCUUAGUGUAUUGACCCUUUUAUCAUUAUGUAAUGUCUCUUUUUGCCCCUUUAACUUUUCUUUGGAAUAUACUUUAUCUGAUUUAAUAUAGUCACUGUUGCAUUUUUGGGUUAAUAUUUUGCAUUUUUUGGUUUAUAUUUUUCCAUAAUUUUAUUUUCAACCUUGUCUAUAUCAUUACAUUUGAAGUGGGCCUCUGUGAAUAGCACGUAUUUGGGUAACGCUUUCUUUUUACCCAUUUUCCUGACUUCUUUUUUUAAUUGCUAUAUUUAGACCAUUUAAAUUUAAAAUGAUUAUUGAUAUGUUAGGGCAUAAGUCGGCUAGUUUAUGAUUUGGUUUUUCUUUGUUGCCUGUUUACUGUUCCUCAGUUGUUUUGGGGUUAUUUUUUGUUUUGUUUUUUGCUUUGCCUUCCUGUGGGUUACUUUAAUUUUUAGAAUUCUAAUAGAUAUGUCUGUGAUGACUUUAAGUCUUUGUAUUUUACUGUUUUUUUUAGGUAUUGUUUCAUAUAUAUGUAAUUUAUCACAGCCUACAGUAUCAACAUCUUAGCAUUUUGAUUGUAGAAACCUUAACUUUCAUUGGGUCCUUUUACAGAAGUAUUUCCUCUUCAAACACUGAGCAUCAUAUUGGAUGAUGUUCGUUUUUGCUUCAACUAUCAAACAAUUUUUACACAACCCAUGAGAAGUGUAACGUGUUUACCUAUAUUUUUAUCCAUUCCAUUGUUCUUCUUGAAAUCUCAAGAUAUUUUAUGUUACAUUUCUUUUUUUGCAAACUCCUAUACAGAUCUUCCUUGACUUAUGAUGGAGUUACAUGUCAGUAAACCCAUCGUAAGUUGAAAAUACCAUGGUUAAAAAUGCAUUUAGUACACCUAAUCCACUAAGCAUCACAGUUUAGCCCAGCCUUUGUUAAAUAUACUCAGAAUGCUUACGUUGGCCUACAGCUGGGCAAAUCAUUUCACACAAAACCUAUUUUAUACUAAAGUGUUGAAUAUCUCAUGUAAUUUAUUGAAUACUAUACUGAAAGUGAAAAACAGUGAUUGUAUGGGUACUUAACAUACACAGCCCAAAGUACACCAGGCCUAAAGAAUGUGUGAAAUGAGGAACUAAAAUUAAUUGCUGGGUAAUGGGGGUGCUAAGGUGACGGGAUCAUCAGUCUCUUUUUCUUAUGAAAGAGAGUAGCUGGUAGAAGGCACCAGGGCAUCAACGUUUGUUGAUGGUGUAGCCAGUAUCGUGUUCCUUAGGAAGAUAGCAGGUUUUGACUGUGCAGUUUGUUUCUUUUCAUUAUAUAUUUCUCUGCAGCAAGCAAGAGUACCCUGUAUCAGCCUGUCAGCUCUUGUUAAUGUCUUGUAACUGACAUCCAUUUCUUCUAAUAUCCCUACCCACUGCUGAUAGUAGCAGUUACCUCUAACUGUUUGUUUGCUGUGAACUUUCUUGGUGCUUCAUGCGUAACUUAUUCUGCCUAAAUUUCUUUCUUUCUUCCCCCAGUCUGAUUAGCUUCUCAAUAGAAAGCUUUUCAGCCUUGAGGCGCCUGGGUGGCUCGUUAGUUAAGCGUCUGACUUCAUCUCAGGUCAUGAUCUCACCUUGCAUGAGUUCGAGCCCCACGUCGGGCUCUGUGCUGACACCUCAGAGCCUGGAGCCUUCUUCAGAUUCUGUGUCUCCCUCCUCCCCUGCCCCUCCCCUGCUCACACUCUUCUUCAAAAAUAAAUAAACAUUAAAAAAUUUAAAAAAAGAAUAGAAAGCUUUUCAGCCUCAAUGCCAACAAGCUCAGGAAUAUCCUCAUUUUCAGUGUCCAAUUCUGGCUGUUACCCAAGCACUAAUACCUUGUUACUUAUUAUUUCUUCAACAGCAGAAUCUUUAAAGUCUUUGAAUGUGUUCACAUAUCUUCAAAACUUUCUUCUUUCGUGCAUUGCUAUGUGACUCUUCCUGUAGUGAUGUUCUGGAUAGCAUUUAGAAUGUGAAAAACCUUCCCAAAACUUGGCUAGAUUCAGUCACUCAACAGCCAGCAUAAAUGACAUAAAUAGUAUACUUUGAACAUAGCUGUUUAACCUUGGUUCAUUGAUUGACUGCAGUUGUGUUUGGUGGCAGAUACACAAUCUUUAUACCAGGAUGCAUGUCCCUGAAAUACCGGGGAUGACCUCAAGUAUUAGAUCAGAAGAAUCUUGAAUGGGUGCGAUGUUGUCUUGCCUACAGUAUUCUCUUGACUGUGGAAUAAAGCAGUUCAAAAACCAGUCUUUAAACACUGCUAAUGUGAUCCAGGCUUUCUUGUUAUGGUGAUAAUAAAUGGGAAGCAUAUACUUGCUCACAUUCUUGAAUACUCUAGGGUUCUCUGAGUGGUAGAGUAGAAAAGGCUUUUAAUUUGAAAUCUGCAACAUUAACACCCAAAAGCAGCAUUACAUGGCCUUGUAGUGCCUUGAAUCCUGGCACUGUCUCGGGCUUUUGACGGAUGUAUGUGUGCCCCAGCAUAUACUUCCAGAACAAGCUCGUUUUACUGACAUCAAAUAUUUGUUCUGGCAAGUAUUUCUUAUCCACAAGUAUCUUAUGCAGCUCUUUCUUAAAAGCUUCAGCACCGUGAGUAGUGGCGCUUGCUGCCUCACUGCUGACCUAAAUAUCAUGAAAAUUAUGGUGACUCUUGAAGCAUUGGAACUCUUAUGACUUUCUGAGAACAUUUGCAUGUGUAGGACCAUUAGCAUGCUCUUCUAGUGGAUUGAAAAGACUUCUUGCAUUAGCCUGGAUGGGCAAUGUCAGCAGUAUGCGCUUCUGUAUUUGGUCUUCUAUCCAUGUGACAAGUAAUUUCUCCAUGUUACCAGUUGGCCUCUCUCUUUUCUUUGUGAUGACAAUGGAUUUAACCAAUACUGACCAUUAACAUGGCUGACUGUUGAUUGAGAAAGUCCUAACACAUACGAAGACUUGCUUCAUGCUAGGCAAUUAUAUUGAGUUUCAUCUCAAGAGUAAUUGCCUUCCUCUUCUCGUAGAGUAAUUGCCUCCCAGAAGCGGGAGACACAGAUAGGUGUUUUGUAGACAUGAUGGGAUGCAAAAACACAAAACACAAUGUCCCCAAACGCCAGCAACACAGUAUGAUGUAGAGUUUCAGUAGUUUACCCUUGUGAUUGCAGGGCUGACUGGGAGAUGUGGCUGCUCCCAGCAUCAAAAGAAAGUAUCACACUGCAUUUUGUUAAUCGGAGAAAAAAAUCAAAAUUUGGAUUUGGAAGUACAGUUUCUGCUGAAUGCGUAUUACUUUCACAAUAUCAUAAGGUCAAAAAAUCAUGAAACCAUUGUAAGUCAGGGAUCAUCUGUAAUCAGGUAGGUCUUCUAAUGACAAAUGUUUUUGUUUUCCUUUUUCUAUAAAUGUCUCAGUCUCCUUCAUUCUAGUAGGAUAUUUUUGUGGGAUAUAGUAUUUGGAGUCAGCACUUUUUUAGUACUUGAAAAGCAUGUUAUUUCCUUCUGUUCUUGGUUGCAGAUGAGAAGUCUGCCAUUUUGACCCAUUGUUCUGUCUGUAAUGCAUCUUUCUGUCAAGCUGUUUUCAGAGUGGUUUUUUAUUGCAUAUAGAGUUCAGAAGUUUGAUUAUGAUAUAACCUGGCAUGAAAUUUUGAGGGGUUUAUUCUGUUUGGUGUUUGCUUAGCUCUUUGAAUCCAAUGACAUAUAUGCCCUUUGCCAGUUGGCAAGAUUUUUAGGUAUUAAUUCUUCAAACAUUUUUUCAGCCACACACUUUCUCCUCUCUUUCAGGACUCUAAUAACAUGAGUGGUAGAUCUUUUAUUCUUGUCCCAGAAGGUCCUCGGACUCCUACUCCCUCACCCCACUCUGCUUUCUCCUUGUUGCUUAGGUUGAUUAAUUUCCAUUGAUCUCUUUGAGCUCACUGAAUCUUUCCUCUCUCCUAUCUAAUGUAGUAUUGAGCUCACCCAGUGAAUUUUCAUUUUGGUUUUUGAAUUUUUCAAUUGUUUUCAUUUCUCUUUGUUUCUUUUAUACGUCUUCUAUUUCUCUGCCUAGUUUGUAGUACCAAAGAAGGACUCUGAGAAAAUAGGCAAAAUUGUGUAGUCCAAAGUCAUAUUUUCUGGUGGUUUAUCUUGAGUUGGAAUAGAAAUCCCGAACUGUAUGGAGGAAGGAAAGGCCUGCAGUCUUCUGUGCUGGUUUCCAUAAAUAUUUCUGAGAACAGACACUGAAACAUAAGAGUGAGUGAUCUGUAUAUGUGAAGAAGCAAUUGCCAUUAAUUUAUAUGGAAAAACAUUUUUAGCAUUCCCAGACCCCAAAAAUAACUCCUCUUAGGCUUUUCUUAGGACAUCUUGGUCACAGAUGCACAAAAUAAAUCGAGAUAAAGCCGGAAUGCUCACAGACACAGUUCACAGCUAUGGUGGCUGAAUGCUGAGAUGGCAUAGUUCCUGGGGAAGGAGGUUGGUGGUUCCAGUCUUGCUGCUCGGGGUGUGUGCUGUCUCUACAAAACGAAUGCUUUUCACCUUUUCCGGUAAAAGUGAAAAUCCUUGUUGGGUUUCUUUCGCUUAGUGAAAACAGGUUGCUAAUGUAGGUCUUUUGUAAAAGCAAUGCAGUGUAAGUGAACUUCUGAAAAGCAGGAGAUACCUGCAUAGCCUCAAAGGGGAAAGAGGUCUCUUCUCUCCAAGGAUCACUCUUCCUCUUCGUGGUUGGACACAUCCCCCAAUCCCCAGCUUGUCUAGGACCUGUUCGAAUUUAGACCCUCACCGCUUGGUCUUUAACUUCUCCCUCUUAAUCCCUUUCUAUCCUCUUAAUCCAUGCCUGUGUUCCAGUCUCUAGUCUCACCCCCCGACACACACACUUCCUGCCCCACGUGCCUGGUGAGCUCUGCCCUUCUCUCUCCCAGACACACCCUGUGCAACAGUUCUGUCCACUCUCUGGCCUCCACCACUGGCACCUGACUGAAGCAAGUCUCACAGAGUUCCCUCUUGUGCUCCCACGCUUCCCCCCGCCCCCAGUCUGUUAUUGGGCCUUUUACUGCUGCCCACCUCUUUGACUUGAAGGCACUUUCCUGGUUUCUGUGACUUCCUGCCCUUCUUCAGAGGCCCUUUGUCUUCUUCCGUCUAUUAAACAGUUGUGCUUCUCAGGAUCCGUGCGUCGCCAUUGCUUUCUCAUUUGUGAGGGGAUCCCUGAGUGAGUUAACCCCCCGCCCCCGAGGCAUUUUACUCUCAGUGAUCACAGAGUUCCCCCACGUCCUUGUCUCCAGGUUGAAUGUUUCUCUCUGGUCAUCGUUCCACACCUUGUCGGUCUUCCUACCUACUGAGCCUGUGUGCGUGUGUCAUGCGGCCGUGACCGUCACCACGAGGAUGCGCCCAUAAUGAUCCUGACGGCAAGCAGACAUGGUGUGUUCCCGUGUAUCAGUCAUCGUUUGCAGUGUUUGACACACAGCAACUCUUAGCCUUUGCAACAGGUCCGUGGUAGGUGACGUUCUCCCCAUUUUACAGAUCAGAAAACUAAGGCACAGAAAGGUGAAGGAAUUUACCCAGAGUUCUACAUUCAGGUAGGAAGUAUGAGAAUAGAGAUUUGAGGUCAGUUUGGGUGUCUGUAGGGUCCAUGUCCAUAUCCUUUCCUAUAUUCCUUCUUACAGGAUAAGUCUUUGUUUUCCUGGUCAUCAUUUUUACUAAAUGGAUCAAAUUAUGCUCAAAAUCCCCUUAUCUCUUUUGACUGUACACCUUGGCCAUCCUUCAGGUUGAGUGAGAUAAACCAAACUUAUUCUUAUUGGCUGCAUAGCCUAUUAUAGGGAAUGACGGAAAACCUCUGGGUUUGAGGUGGCAGGGAGGUAGAAACGAGGGCUACGGGAGGCACUUAGUUUUGCACAUCGUGUUUCAGGUGCCUGAGAAAUAUCUCUGUGAAUCCCACUGUGUUCUGUCCUCUUUCCCGAGCUGCUUACAUUGUAGCCAUUUUCCUUUCAUCAUCCCGGUGUCCAGCCAGUGUCUCAUUUUGUUGUCUUUACCUUUUAUUUUCCUUAGUAGACACUUAAUGUACGGGUGUCUAGUGAAUGGGCACACACAGCAAUGUAUCUUUAUUACAGUGUUUGGGUCCCUCACACAGUGUUUAUACAAAGCUAUGUGUAUAGUUGGCACAAUAUAUAGCAUACGUUGACCUCGGAGAGAACCCACAUGGGCCUUUAUGGCCAGAUCUCUAAGACUUGAAAAGUCUGAACGAAUGGUGGUGUUGAAAGUCCUGUGGGCUACCCCGGGUGUAAUGAUUUAUUAGGAAGGACUCGGCAUAUACUCAACGGCUACAGUUUAUUACAGCAAAAGGAUAUACAGCAAACUCAGACAAGGGAGAAGGACUAAAAUUCCUCGGGAGUUCCAGUGCACUCACGUUCAUUCCAUCAAUGAGUUAUGACAGCAUCUGUGAAAUGUCUACUAGGGAAGCACAUUAGAAAGUCCAUGCCUAGGGUUUUCAUUGGGCACUCUUUCUCUAAAAUGUAGCCCGAAUUCUAGACCUGCAGAAGGAUAGCAGUUCACCAGCAUAAGCCACAUUGUUUACACCAACCACAGGCACACUGAGCCACCUGUCAUUUCUGCGAAUUCUAGGAAACCUCCUGAAAUACAAGGUCCCAAGCUCCAGUCAAGGGCAAACUUUGGCAAAGUUGUCCUUUGACAAAGUUUUCCUUUGACUAAAGGACAGUGGCCUUGGGCCUGUUCUACUAACUCUUCUUCACAGUGACAUGAAUGGUACUAAAAAGCUGAGUAAACUCAAAUACCUUUUAUAAGCAUUAAACAAAUACAAUGUGCUGCAAUGAAGUCCUAGCUUUGAGUUGAAGGCUUAUAUACAUAUAAACGAAGUCACAGUGGAUAUUCUCACAAAGGAGGGUUUAAUUUAGUGAUUACAAAGUACAGAGACUGGUGAGAAAGGCUCUUGUCUCCGUAUAGAUAUGGCCUCAGGUGAUAUGACUUACAAAUAUUCCCUCUUUUGCCUUGAUUUCAACAAAGACCUAAUGGCCAGGUCAAUGCUAUGUAUUUCCAUUGCACAUAUGUCAGUGAUUUCAUAUUUAUUCUUUGUUCCCGCUGUUGAAACUUGUAGCCUUUGGCUUCAAAAAGCAAAUCAACUAUGUGGUCAUGAUCUCUGCAUCAUUAAAUGCGCAUAACUUGA